AUGGCCAUGUAUACUACUAUCGAGGAAAGAACUCACGCGGCGCCACCCCCACCGCCACCUCUCUCCAUGGAUCGAAUCCCUCCCCCGUCCUCAGCAUAUCCAACCCCUGGGUCUGCGGGUCCGGUACAAUCGUCAAGUCACUUGGUGCCGUUUUCCGGCAUUGAUGAGAACAACCGCACCUGGUCCCUUCAAGUGGUGCAGCAGCCUGUUCGUGCUCGAAUGUGUGGCUUUGGCGACAAGGACCGGAGACCUAUUACACCUCCUCCUUGCAUUCGUCUAAUUGUACGAGACGCGCAGACCGAAAAAGAAAUCGAUAUAAAUGAACUUGAUACUUCCUUCUAUGUUCUGAUGGUAGACCUAUGGAAUUCAGAUGGGACCAGCGAGGUGAAUCUGGUGAAGCAUUCGGCUACGUCACCCUCAAUAUCCACGGCCAUGUCUUCGUCAUACCCACCACCUCCUCAAAAUCCCUAUCCGCAGUAUGCUCAAAACGCCUAUGGCCAGACGGUCCCUUUUCCACCUAUGAACAAUUACUAUGGGGGGAACCCCCAGCUCCAAUACCCCAACGCCUACAGCGCCAACCCACAAGCCCCAUACUACCAGUCAUACUACCCCCCUGGCGGCCAUAUGCCGCCCACGAACAUUUCCCCUGCACAGCCAGUGAGCGCUGGACCGGGAGGCAUGUUCACGCGCAAUCUCAUUGGAAGCUUGAGCGCCAGCGCAUUUCGACUGACGGAUCCGGAGAACAAGAUCGGCGUCUGGUUUAUUCUGCAGGAUUUGAGCGUACGAACAGAAGGAGUUUUUCGUCUUAAAAUGAGUUUUGUCAACGUCGGCACGGAGUCCUCGAAUGGAGUGACCGUGAUCAAUCACGGCUCCCCCAAAAUCCUAGCCUCUGUCUUCUCUGAGCCCUUCCAAGUGUUUUCCGCCAAGAAAUUUCCCGGUGUGAUUGAGAGUACGGCGCUGAGUAAAUGCUUCGCUCUUCAAGGCAUCAAAAUCCCGAUUCGCAAAGAUGGCGUGAAGGGCUCACGAGGGCGUAAUAACGACGAUGAUGACGGGGACGAUUACGACUAA